UUUGGGAUGGUGUAUUGAAACCGAAAUACCGUCUCUUGGGCUGGUGUAUGACUCUGAAUCUCUCGGGCUCGCAUCGCACCGCUAGAGAUCUCCAAAUCCCAGCGGAGCGCAUGGCUAUCCGAAUAUUGCCGGCCGUCAACGGCCGAUCAUCACCUGACUGCCGGAGCCUUUAGGCCGUUCCGUCGCAUUCUUGAAACGGUCUUCUCCACCCUAAACUAUCUGCCCGUGAUGCCGCCCUCGCCGUUCGUCCCCCCGCCGCCCGACGAUCUAUUCGGGCCCGACAAUGACGAGUACACGCGCACCACGCCCUUCAGUACAAUCACACCCGCGGACAUCCCCGCCCCCCCUACCCCCGACUACUCCGCGCAUGACCACUCACCCCUCCGCGGGGGUCCAUACGGGGGUGCGGGCGGUGGCUUCGGCAGACGGGGGAGGGGCGGGCGCGGGCGGAUGGGGGGCCCGCGGCAGCCGUCCGGGCCAGCGUUCCAAGUACUCCCGGCCAACAACCCCAACCUGGCGUCCAUGGCCGUGCUGGGGCUGCGCGGCCACCACGACGCCGCGCUCAAGGCCGCCAAGCUCCCCACCUUCCAGAAGCCGAAUCUCCUGGCGGGCUUCAGCCGGCUGGGUGAUGGCACUGUGUUCUGGGACGAGAGGUGUUUGAGGCGGUUGAGACCGGCUAUUCUGGGCAGGGAUGGGGUGGGGGGGGUGGGGAGGGAUGGUGCUGCUGCUUCUGCUGCUGUUGGUGACAGUGAGAGUGGGUUUGCGGAUGUGUUAAGAGCAAUGCGGUCGGUGCUGAAGCACCAACUAGCCGCGCUACAGCCGGGCACGUCCCCCGACCGCCUGCAUUUCGUCACCUUCCGCAACAACCUGAACAAGCUCAUGGGCGUGUGCUACAACCGCCAGGACGCGUGGGAAAUGGGCGUGCACAAGCGGCUGGGUUCGGUGUAUCUGGACGUGCACAAGACGGCGGCGGACCAGCAGCAGCAGCAGCACAAGUCGGAGCAGCAGCGGCGGUUCGAGUUCUACGGGUACUCCUUCGAGCGGGUGGCGACGGAGGCAAGGAAAACAGGCCCAGGGGAAGCUGGAGCAGGAGGGGAAGAUAGUCCGGUGAUAGACGCUAACGAAGAGUUCUGUGCGGUGCUGAAGACCAAAGUGGGUGCGCACCGCGUGCUGAUGGGUGCGGAGAUGGACUGCUACGAGUGGGUCAACAUGCCGCAGCCCAGCAGCGGCCCCCCCAAGCCCGAGCGCAUCUUCCUGGAGCUCAAGACCAGCCUGCUGCCCGAAACCGAGGGCCAGCGGGAGCGGUUCGAGCGGGACAAGCUGCUCAAGUGGUGGAUCCAGUCGUUUGUGGGCGGCGUGGGGGCGAUAGUGGUGGGGUUCCGGGACACGCGCGGGCGGCUGGUGGGGGUGGAGCGGUGGAGCCUGGGGGAGGUGACGAGGCGGGUGAAGGGGAAAGACUACUGGGAGGCGGGGUCCGUGCUGACAUUCACGGACCAGGUGCUGACGUGGCUGUAUGGCAGCGCGCAGGAGGGCGGGGACUAUGUGUUGCGGUUCGUGCCGGGGCAGAGCAGGCUGGAGCUGGCUGCUGCGGAUGGGUGCCCCGCCUUUAUAGAGCAACACUGCCAGGAGUUGGCUGCCAUUGGAAUCAGCUGAGGACAACAGUAGCUCGAGCAGGUGCGCAUGUGGCUGUAUGGCAGCAUUCAGGCAGGCAGCCUUUUGGUCGACUCAAAAGCCGCAGCAGGGGGCGGUCCCACUAUGUGCUGCGGUUAAUGCCGGGGCUGAGCACGCUGGAAUUAGCUCCUGCGGAUGGGUGCCCUGCUUGCAUUGAGCAGCAACACGGCCAAGAGCUUGCAGCCAUGGGAAUCAGCUCAUGACAAUAGUUGGGCGAGUGGGUGCCCACAUGGCUGUAUGGCAGCGCGCAGGCGGGCGGCUAUUUGGUGGUCUCAAGAGCCGCAGGAGGGGGCCGGUCGGGUUCGUGCCGGCGCAGAGUAAGCUGGAGCUUGGUCCUGCUGACUGUUGUGGCCGGGGUUCAUAGGGCAGCACUGCCACCAACACAUGAUGCAGGAGUGGGGUGCAUGGGUGCGCAUGUGGCUGUAUGGCAGUGCGCAAGAGUCUGAGAGUUAGAACGAAUGACUAGAAUGAGAGGAUACAGGGGUAUAUAGCUAGUGGGUUGUACUCUCUAUGGCAAGACCCUAUGUAGUCUAUUAAACAUACACAAAUAUG